UCUUACCUCACAGAGGUAGCUCCUCCGCCGGCAGCAACUCGGCACCCGCGGUCCAUGGACCGGAACCCCGGGCCGACGGGCAGGAACCCGGGCCGCGAUCGUCGCCUCCCCGCCCCAGGCUCCUCCUCCUCGCUCCCCACCGCCUCCUCCGGACGCCCGCAGGCAACGCACUGCAGCCUCCGGGCUCGCGGAGCCGCCCCGAGAGGUUGGGCGGCGGGUUCGCGGCUGUCACGGAACUGAGGCCUACUCCGCGGUCUCUCAGUGCUAUUGUCCCUGGGCCCGGCCCUGACCGGGUCCACCGGAGAGGCGAGUGCGCCGGCUCCGCAGAAAAUGCCGGAUCAAGCCCUACAGCAGAUGCUGGACAGAAGUUGCUGGGUGUGUUUUGCCACUGAUGAAGAUGAUAGAACAGCCGAAUGGGUGAGACCAUGCAGGUGCAGAGGAUCUACAAAAUGGGUUCACCAGGCUUGUCUACAGCGCUGGGUGGAUGAAAAGCAAAGAGGAAACAGUACAGCCAGAGUGGCAUGUCCCCAGUGCAAUGCUGAAUACUUAAUAGUUUUUCCAAAGUUGGGUCCAGUUGUGUACGUCUUGGAUCUUGCAGAUAGACUUAUCUCAAAAGCCUGUCCAUUUGCUGCAGCGGGAAUAAUGGUUGGCUCUAUCUAUUGGACAGCUGUGACUUACGGAGCAGUGACAGUGAUGCAGGUUGUAGGUCAUAAAGAAGGUCUGGAUGUUAUGGAGAGAGCUGAUCCUUUAUUCCUUUUAAUUGGACUUCCUACUAUUCCUGUCAUGCUGAUAUUAGGCAAGAUGAUUCGCUGGGAGGAUUAUGUGCUUAGACUAUGGCGCAAAUACUCAAAUAAACUACAAAUUUUGAACAGUAUAUUUCCAGGAAUUGGUUGUCCUGUUCCUCGAAUUCCAGCUGAGGCUAAUCCUUUAGCAGAUCACGUCUCUGCCACCCGAAUUUUGUGUGGAGCCCUUGUCUUUCCUACUAUUGCGACAAUAGUUGGUAAACUGAUGUUUAGUAGUGUUAACUCUAAUUUACAAAGGACAAUCUUGGGUGGAAUUGCUUUUGUUGCCAUAAAAGGAGCAUUCAAGGUUUACUUCAAACAGCAGCAAUAUUUACGUCAGGCACACCGCAAAAUUCUAAAUUAUCCAGAGCAAGAAGAAGCAUAAAACUUUGACUUCUGGUUGUUCUGCAGUCCUCUCAUCCUUAUGAGUCUGUUGUGUUGUUUUGAUUCCAUCAUUAAUCACAGUAGUGGAGACCUGUGAUAAGCUGCUGCUCUCCUAUUUUUAAGAAAUAUAAUAAAAGCACUUAGGGCAGGGGAAAUCCUCUCAGUAAUCACGGAACCUAAGGAUGUAAUUUGUUUUCAUUGUUCUGUAUGUACUUCUUUUAUGGCAGUCACCUGAACAUUAUCUUAGCAUGGUAAACCUGGGCUUUGUUCAUAUUUUCUCGACAGAAAUGUAAAGAUCAAAUGCAAAUAUUGAGAAGUACACAUGCUGUUUUAUUCAAAUGCCUUUUUUGUACAUAUUCAUGUUCAGUGUUUUCUUAGAAUCAGCAACUCAAUGAAGGUACUAUGAGGAUUUUUCUCACUGGCAUAAUUUGAUUUCAUGUUAAACAGUAGUAUAUGUUAAUAUGAGGAAAUGUAAAAUAAAUUAGUUAUAAAUAAAUAACCAAAAAUGUAUGUAAACAUUCAAAUAAUUAUCUGAACAAACGCAAUUUUGUUUUCUUAACCCAUGUGAUGUCCUCCAAAAUGUGUAGGGUAAAAAUUCACAGGGCUUCCAGAUCACUUUUUCACUAUUAAAUUUUAUUUAUAUAAUGUUGACAUCUCAUAGUUCAUAAUGUAAUUUUGACUCAUGCAGUCUUAAUUACUGUGUGUGUGUGUGUGUGUGUGUGUGUGUGUGUGUGUGUGUGUGAGAGAGAGAGAGAGAGAGAGAGUGACAGACACAGACACAGAGACACAUCAGGUCCUUCCAUCACUAGAGUAAGGUUUUUAAACCCAUAUUUCUAGAAAUUGGAGCUGCCAGUUUAUAGUAGUUUGAGCACAGAAAAUUAUUUGCAAAAAAAUCAAUAAAGUUAUUUUACCCUUGUCUUUCACUGAUUCAGUCAUUCAGGUCUUUGGUGAUCCCCUCCAAUUGGUGCAUGCCUUGUGCAGAGUGCUAUGGGACACAGUGGUGAAGAGACAGACUUGGUUCCUGCUUUUAUGUAGUCUACAGUCUAGUUUCAACACAUAGAAAACCAGCAGUGAGUAAACCAAGGUGAGGCCUUGAGCUCUUUGUUUUUACACCAGUCAGUGAGGAAAUAAUUAUGAAAAUAAGUCUUGAGUAAAUAUUGAGGUCACUGUUUUUGGCUUAAGUCAAUUUAUUAUUAAAAAACUCAAUACUAAUGAUUUUAGAUUUUAAUUGCUUGUCAUAUUGAUGAAGGUAGUACCUUAAUAAUCACUGACUAGUUUUAUAUUUUUCAAAAGCAAUUAUUUAUUUUAAGCCAUUUUCAGUGGUGGCCCUUUUAAUAUUGUUCAGCAAUUUGAAUAGUCUUGCAGUUAUUUUCAUUAAAACUAAAAUUUUUAAAGAUAGUUCCAAAAACCCUGUUUAUUUUCUUGUUUAUAAUAUCUAAUGCAUGAUGAUAAACGUUUCUCCUUACUGAAGUGGCCACUUCUCUUUAGGGGGUAGCAAAUAUAGAUUGAGCUAUGUUAGAUUACAAUAAUAUAUGCUAACUUUAGUAAUUUAAGACUGGUACAUUUUUAUAGUAUGAAUGUCUUAAUUUUGAGUUAUAACAUGAAGUUGAUGUGAAUGGCUAUUGAACAUUCAAAGUUGUAAUUAUUUGGGGAGGAAGGGAAUAUUUGACUGAUAGUAAGCCUUAUAAAGAACACUGCUACAGUAGGGGAAAUAUCUAUGAUUAUAUAUAAAAAUAGAUUACAUAGCUGUAAUUAUAAAAUAUAUUGGCUUUUCUUUCAUUUUCAAGAUGAAAAGACACUACACACUUCCUGCAUAAUUUUGUUACAUAGAACAAACAGCUUUCAGGGAGUCCUUACUAAAGUUAUGUAAGCACACAGUUCCCCAUUUACUACUUUAUGCCUAGGAUGGGGAAGUAGCUGCUUGGGUUUAUUGGCAUCAGGGCUUGUGAGGGCCAGAGAAACAACUCUAAUCCUUUGGGGGCAGGGGAGACGGCUUUUUAGGGCUGUGGGGAGGAAAUUGCAAGUGCCUGGGGACUGAGAGUGGCCUCUAGCCCGGGAACCGAACACUUUUAAAUCUAAAGAGCCUUAGUUUAGGAAAUACUGUAUACUAGCCCCUUCAGAAAGGUGGUCUGCACCACAUGAAGCAACAAAAGAACACAAGCUGACUCAUGUUGGAUGGACUUGGCUUCAAAUGCUAACUCUGCUUUUAAUAACUUGACCUUGGCCAAGUGACUUAACUUUCUCUCAGCUACAGUGUUCUCCAUCUCUGAAAUGCAAGUACAAUAAUACUUAACCUCAGAGACUGUUUCUAGGAUUAACUGAGAAAUUAAAGAAACAGGAACGUUAGGCUCAGAAUAGCCCCUGCAGAGCGGUUGUUUCUUAAUUGCUAAAUAGUCUGUUCACCCUCUAGGAAAAGGGAAUGAAAAAGUAAAAGAGGCAUUAGGGGAUUAAAGGAAUGCUGUAGACUUUUGGGGUGGGUGGGUAUACUUUGUAUUUUCUAGGUUAUUUUCACAUUGCUUUACUGUGUUAUUUCUAUAAACUUUAAUGUUUUAAACCUCUUAUGAAAUUCAGUGAAAACUAGAAUUCUCUUUGUAGAAGUUAAUUUAUCUCCAAAGUGGCUGAAAAUAUUGUUUAUCGUUACAUGAUUAUCAAAUGACUGUGAAGAAUAUAGAAUUAAACUUAGUGACUUAAUUAGUCACUGCCUUGCUAA